CUUCUCCUUGCACCGAGCAACAAGACCCAAGCCACCGACACACCUCCCCUUGAAAACUGAAAAAUCCCAGAUCUGCCUUGCUCUGUUCCUUCCGUCUGUUGCUCCUGCUUUGUGGGGGCGAAUUGCUUUGGUUUCUAGUAAGAAACAGCCACCAAUUUCUCUGUUCUUCCUUAAAUUGGCUUGGGUUUACCUUAAUUUCUCUUGGUUUCUCCAAUUUCCGGUAGAUUCCCCCUGAAUUUUCUGCACUUCUCGUCGGCUCCUCCCUCAAUCUGCAGCUUUGGUUUGCUUGCUGAAAUUCUGGUAUGGACAGCUCCUCCAAGCCAAAAUUUCCUCAAUUAGUUGCUGAAUUUUGUCCAUUUAUUCAUUGCCCUAUGUGUCUGAAUUUUCUGCUGGAAAUAGGGGAGAAUUUUGACAGUAAUUAGACCAUGAUUUAGCUUAAUUCAAGUAGAAAAUUAGUUUAUUUUGGCUGUUGUAUUUUUGGAGAAAAUCCCAUGAGAUUAGCUAUUGUUUUGCCAAUUUAUGGAAUUGCAGUUACUGUUCAUUACGUGAUUACUGUUCACGGGUACGGUUUACGCACUAAUGGCCAACAAUUAACGGGGAUGAAAUGUUUAGUUUGUAAUAUAAGAAUAAAUUUGGAGUUGUCCGAUUAUAUGGAGACUAAUAGAAAUAGCAUUGUGAUUAGGGGUGAUCCUAAUGAAGUUUUCACUUUGAAUUUGUGAUAGUAUAUUAUUAAUUCUGGGAUAUUUUGAUUAGGUUCUUGAGUGUUCUGUCACCCGAGUACUUGGCUUGAGUUCCAGAGUGAGGUAAGUAAAUUUAUGGUAAUGCUCGUACAGUUUUUAAAAGCAUGUUUUGACUUGUUUUUGAAGUGAUGGCGGGACUAAACCUGUUUUAUACAAAAGUAAGUAUGACUGAUUUGAAAUGAAAUUUUUAUGCUUUUCAUUAAAUUGAGCAUGCCUACUCAAAAUUUAAUUGAUUGUCCUGAUGAUCUGAAAGUGAUAGGUGAAUUAUGGUUUUUCUGUUAACUUUUACCUGUUUUGUCUCCGAUGUAGUCAUGUUAUUAGUGUGCCCGCUAGUGGGAGGUUUAAAAACACUAGCACAUGUCGACAUGUUAUUGAUAGAACCGGUUUAUUCGAGUGACCCUGCUAGUGGGGGUUAUACACCAGCAAAUAGUGUAGCCUGCCAAUGGGAGGUUUAUAACACUAGCCACGACCUAUAGAAGGGACGUCUAUUUCGUUCCGUACUGUAUCCGUUUUUCAUGAUUAUACUUGUUGGCAUGCUAUAAGUUUAAUUAAGGGCUAUCCAUAUUUAUUUACUGAGUUUAUCUCAUAGUUUUUCCUUGUCCACCAUUUCAGGGAGCAAAGUCAAAGACAGGAAAAACGAGGGGAGUGACAAGUUAAAAGGCUAGCCAUCUUGUAAAUUGAAUAUAGAUUUUAGAUAUAAAUCAUGAUCUUGUAAACUAGACUUUAUUUGGAGAUUUUAUGAUAUUAAAGCAAAUUUUAAAAU